AUGUUUCUCAUGGUUCAUCAACAGACAGUCGAGAAAGAAGACAAUCGAGAGAUACAGCGUAAGUGUUCUGUUCUUUUACCGAUUUGGGAGGGGAAUGAGAUAAUCGAGCAGAAGAAAACCAUUGAAAAGGGUUUUAUUGGAGUAGUGGGGAUAGUUGCAGGUUUUCAUUUUAUAAACCAAGGUUACCGGAGGUUGCCGGAGGUAGAUGGUGGAGGGGAAGGUGGAGGGGAAGGGGAAAAUGCUGUCAACACCACUGGAGUUACCACCGUCGGAGAUUUUGAACACCAUCGACUUCGUCUUGAUCCUCCGACGGCGCUGACGAAUCUGUCUUGCUCCUUCUCCGACAACCAUUGGAAUAAUAGAGCAGUCACCGAACCACCAUUUGGAACGCCACCUGAAACCACCUCAGAUCUCUAA